AGCUACUGCACUUCGAGGAGGCGACUCUUGGUCGGAACUCUUGUCGGAUGAUCUGAGUUGCUGCCCGGACGGUUUUUUGGCCCGCGCUGCGUGGGGCAUUUGGCGACACGUGAGAGGGAAGAAAAGUUCUCCUCCGUUCUUUCACCCUCGUGAAGAACCCGCUCGCGGUUAAAAUGGCAGAUGUGGAGAUGGAAACCCAGAUGGGACUGGACUCCGAGGAGGAUUACGGCGAGCUGUCGGACGCAGAGCUUCAGGAGGCGUUUUCCAAGGGGCUGCUUAAGCCCGGGUUAAAUGUUCCUUUGGAAGAACCAAAGAAGGCCGUCAACAACAUAGAGGGUCUGAAGAUGUGCCUGGCUGAGUUUAAGAAGAACCUGCCGUGGGUGGAGAGGUUGGACCUCACUAACCACCCAGCAGUGGACGUUUUGGCGAAAAUCGAGGGGACAUUAAACAAAAAACAAAGCAGUGGAGAAAUCGACGCCGAGGACGAUUUUCAGAGGGAAAUGUACUUCUAUCGCCAGGCUCAAGCGACUGUUCUAGAGGCCCUGCCGAAGUUAAAGAAGCUGCAGAUUCCUACCAAGCGGCCGGAUGAUUACUUUGCAGAGAUGGCUAAAACAGAUCAGCAUAUGCAGAAGGUCAGGAAAAAGCUCAUGCAAAAGCAGAUGGCAAUCGAGAAGUCCGAGAAAGCCAAGAAGCUGAGAGAACAGAGGAAAUUUGGCAAAAAGGUGCAAGUAGAGGUACUGCAGAAGAGACAGAAAGCGAAAAAGGCCAUGAUGACCGCGGUCAAGAAAUAUCAGAAAGGUAUGACGGACAAAUUGGACUUCUUGGAAGGAGAUCAGGAGGGGAAGAAAGGGUCAACUGCGUCCAAGUCACAGAUGAGCAAAAAAGGCCCUAACGCUAAAAGGAAGUACAAGGAUCAGAAGUUUGGUUUUGGGGGCAAGAAGAAAGGCUCCAAAUGGAACACGAAAGAGAGCUUUAACGACGUGUCCGGGUUCCGGGCCAAAACCGCUCACGGGAAAGGAGGAAAGAAGUUCAACAAAGGAGGGAAGAAAAACAAGCGACCAGGGAAGGAGACAAGGCGGAAAAUGAAGGCCCGAAAGUGAGCGAUGUGUCCAGUUAGCGUCCCUCAUGUUGAUACCUAAGUGGACUUGUCCUCUACACUGCAGCAGCGUCUGUGUGGGCUGUGCUCGGCUUUUUUUUGGUGAGCGGACUCUGAAAAGCGACUCUCGAAGUAAUUCCUACUUCGUUAGUCUGCUUUGCGGUGCCGUUUGAGGACUCUCCUUGGAUUUUUUUUAUAUUUUAUUCUCAGCUGUUCUUUUAUUCUCCUUCUUUGAAUUGUGCAACAUGAACUAACUGGAUGGAUUUUUGUCUUGUAAAGGAUUUGGUGAUCCUUUGUGAUCCCCUUGUUAAGCUUGGGACUGAGCAGAAGAAAUGACGGCGAUUCCCCAUGUUCUGUAGAUCGAGAUAACCCUGUAAUUAUAAUGUCUGUUUUGUCAUUUGUGGGAGAACCGCCGUUGACUAAUACUGGUACUCUGACAGUUGUGUAGUGCACUCGUUGCCUCAGUUGUGCUUGCUGUCUGAGAGCAAGCGGUCGCACAGAAACCCAAACAUUUCUCUGUAUUAAAGUCGAUGAUCUUAAAUUA